GGAGAGAGGAAGCGUAGCAGAGGGAAAGAAGAGACAGGAGAAGAAGAGAGACUGAAAUCAAAAAGAGUCAACAGGGAGCAAGAAGAAAUCUGAGGAGGGGGUGGCGAUGGUUAUGCUGCAGCGGCUGAGCAUCUCCGCCUGACUUCUGUGGAGUUUUGGACUCGGACAUGACAGAGUUGCAGCAUCCGAGUGUCUAAGCAUCUCCAGCUUGUGUGCGUGUGUGUGUGUGUGUGUGUGUUGAUGUGUGUGAAGCCAUGGCGAGCGCUCAGCCGGGGGUCCACGCGUUGAAACUCCAGACUCACUCCGUCUCGCACACGCUGAGGAACGGAAGCAACUUCAUAAAAUGGGACGAGGAUCUGUCGACGGUUACCCCGGUGACUCUGCACGUGGAUUCACAUGGAUUUUACCUCUACUGGACCGACCAAAACAAGGACACGGAGCUGUUGGACCUGACCCUGGUAAAAGACGUCCGAACGGGCAGAAGCACCAAAACGCCCAAGGAGGCCAAGCUGCGGGAGCUGCUGGAUGUGGGCAACCUGGUUGGUCGUCUGGAGAACCGCAUGGUUACCGUGGUUACCGCUUCAGACCUUGUAAACGUCAACCAGCUCAACUUCAUCGCCGCACAGGAGGACGAGGCCAAGGUGUGGUGUGAGGAACUGUUUUCUCUGUCUUCCAAUCUGCUGAGCCACAAUCUCAACAGAGACCGCAGUCUGCUGAAAGCGUACGUCAAGUUGACUCUCCAGCCGAACGCAGAGGGGAGAAUCCCCGUCAAGAACAUCGUUCGACUGUUCUCGUCGGACAGAAAGAGAGUGGAGAAUGCCUUGGAGAGCUGCAAACUGCCCUGCGGACGGGGUGAAGGUGUCAAAGUGGACGACUUCACGCUCGACGUGUACAGGAGCUUUCUGGACGUUCUGUGUCCUCGCCCUGAACUCGGCAGCAUCUUCAAACUGCAAGGAGGGGAUGAUGGGACUCUGACGGUGGAUCAGAUGACGGAGUUCAUCAACAACAAGCAGAGAGACCCGAGGCUGAACGAGAUCCUCUACCCGCCUCUCCGCCCGGCACAGACGCACGCCGUGAUGGAGAGGUACCAACAAGACCAGGCACAGCUGAAGCAAGACGUGAUUUCUCUGCAGGCGUUCUCCAGUUACCUGUCCAGCGAUGAGAAUGGAGUCAUUCCACCAGAGAAACUGGAUCAGUCCGAAGACAUGAACUUCCCCCUGUCUCACUACCUGAUCAACUCAUCGCACAACACGUACCUGACAGCGGGCCAGCUGGCGGGGAGCUCCUCGGUGGAGAUGUACCGGCAGGUUCUCCUGGCCGGAUGCCGCUGUGUGGAACUGGACGUGUGGAAAGGACGAACCGCCGAGGAGGAACCCGUCAUCACACACGGGUUUACCAUGACGUCAGAGAUCCCUUUUAAGGAAGUGAUUGAAGCCAUCGCAGAGUGCGCCUUCAAGACGUCACCGUUCCCCGUGAUACUCUCCUUUGAAAACCACGUGGACUCUUUGAAGCAGCAGGCCAAAAUGGCUGAAUAUUGUCGAUCCAUUUUCGGGGACGCGCUGUUGAUUGAUCCUCUGGACAAAUACCCUCUGGAGUCCGGUGUCCCCCUUCCCAGUCCUCAGGAGCUCAUGGGCAAAAUUCUCAUCAAAAACAAGAAAUCGCACAAACCCUCCAACAACAACGACACCAAGAGACUGACGGACCAACCCGCCAAUCAGAGCAGCGAGCCAGUGUCUCCUAGCAACAACACAGGAGAGUUGGAGGCUGAGAGUGAGGAAGAUGAUGACGACGAAGAUGACGAUGGUAAAAAGGGCUCAGCAGAGCGGGAGGCCGUGGCCACGGAGGAAAUGUCCACCCUGGUGAACUAUGUCCAACCGACCAAGUUCAACUCCUUCGAAGCGUCCAAGAAGGCAGCCCGCUGUUACCACAUGUCGUCUUUUGUGGAGACCAAAGCUUUGGAGCAUCUCACAAAGUCACCAGUGGAGUUUGUGGAAUAUAAUAAAUCCCAGCUGAGUCGUAUCUACCCGAAAGGCACGAGGGUCGACUCGUCCAACUUCAUGCCUCAACUCUUCUGGAACGCCGGAUGUCAGCUGGUGGCUCUCAACUACCAAACCAUCGAUUUGUCCAUGCAGCUGAACCUCUUCAUGUUCGAGUACAACGGCCGGAGCGGCUACCGACUGAAGCCCGAGUUCAUGCGGCGGCCGGACAAACACUUUGACCCCUUCACAGAAAACACGGUGGACGGCAUCGUGGCCAACAUGCUCUCCGUGAAGGUGAUCUCGGGCCAGCUCCUGACUGAGAGGCGCGUGGGCGUGUACGUGGAGGUGGAGAUGUUCGGGCUCCCCGUGGACACCCGGAGGAAGGCGCUGAAGACCAAAACCUCCCAGAACAACAACGCCAUCAACCCGGUGUGGGACGAGGAGCCGAUCGUCUUCAAAAAGGUGAUCCUCCCGACUCUGGCCUCCCUGAGAAUCGCUGCCUUUGAGGAAGGAGGGAAGUUCAUUGGUCAUCGGAUUAUCCCCGUUUCUGCCAUUAGACCCGGUUACCGUUACAUCGGCCUGAGGAACGAGAAGAACCAGUCUCUGAUUCUACCGGCCGUGUUCGUCUACAUUGAGGUCAAAGACUACGUCCCAGACACAUUCGCAGAUGUGAUCGAGGCUCUGUCCAACCCCAUCCGAUACGUCAACCUCCUGGAGCAGCGGUCCAAGCAGCUGGCCGCUCUGACUCUGGAGGACGGCGAGGAGGACGUGCAGCCUGAGGAUGAAGCCGACACCGGUGCGGAGCGCAAGAGCGACCCGAAGUCGUCUCCGCUGGAAAAUGGACUCAGCCCCGCCUCCGGUCCUGCGGGACACACCCCCAUCGCCAUGACGCCCAAAGCCUCCGCAGCCAAUCAGCAAGCAGCUGCUUCAGACGCAGCCAAACCUGCAGCGAAGAGUGAAGACCUGGUUUCGAGUGUUUUGAUAGACGUCCCCGUGUGCACCGUCGACGGUCUGCAGCAGUCCAAGGUCUACCAGAAGGAGCAGCGGCGUCAGUUCAAGGAGCUGAAGGAGUUGGUGCGACGGCACCAGAAGAAGACCUCCGAGCUGCUGCGCGAGUUCAACAACAAGUACAAGAAGACGGCCAGACAGUGCAGCAGGAGCCGGGGCUCGUGUUCGGACAGUGAGAAAGACGAGCGCCUGCAGCAGCUGAGAGACGAGCAGCAGCAGCAGCUUCUGGCUCUGAGGCAGGAGCAGUACUACAGUCAGAAAUAUCUGCAGAGAGAACAUAUCAAAACGCUGACGGAGCGACUCAGCUCUCUGGCUGAGGAGAGUCACAGCGGCCAGAUGAGGAAACUCAAAGACAUCUGCGACAAGGAGAAGAAAGAGCUGAAGCGACAGAUGGAUCGACGGAGAACGGAGAAGAUCAACCAGGCGAAGACCAAGGAGAAACAUCUGGCGGAGGAGGAGAAGAUGGAGAUCAAUAAGUCCUACGUCAAUGAAGUCGUUCAGAACAUAAAACGGCUCGAGGAGACGCAGACGAAGCGCCACGAUCAGCUGGUGGAGCAGCACAACGAGCUCCUGCAGGAGGUGCAAGAGCUGAAACCAAAGCUGCAGGGCGCCGUGGAGGCCGAGUUCCAGGAGAAGUUCCAGCGUUUGCCGGGGGAGAUUCGAGACUUCCUGCAGGACAGGAAGACAGAGGUCAGAGGUCACAGCCGGUCCCGACCGUCGACGCCGCACGAAGCUCUGUCCGAGGACGACUGAAGAGGGAAAAGUGUUUGGUGGGGGGGGGGUCGACACGACGGAGAAGAAUCAACGAAUCGAGGGAGUAAAACAGAAGAAGUGUUCUCACCGUUAUGAAGACUGUUACUUUUCUUUUUCAUGGAGGAAUGCUUUAGCAUUUUUCUAUCCCAUCCUAGCAUGCACUUUGCUGUACGUCAGCGUUUCAUCAAAAUCCAUUUAGUUAUAUUUAUUGUUAUUUUGGCAGACAACAGAAAACCUGUACUGCAUGACAACCCUGUCUAUCUAUCUAUCUAUCUAUCUAUCUAUCUAUCUAUCUAUCAAUCUAUCAAUCUAUCAGUCUAUCUAUCUAUCAAUCUAUCAGUCUAUCUAUCUAUCUAUCUAUCAGUCUAUCUAUUUAUCUAUCUAUCUAUCUAUCGAUCAGUCUAUCUAUCUAUCUCUGUUCAUAUGUUUGAGGAUCAGUUAACAAACAUCAGACUAACUUCUUGUCUCUGUUUUUUACAUAUGCACUCGGAGAAACGUUGAACAAUCAAUAUGGAUCAUUUUUAUCUUCUUAUAAGUCACUGAGCUGACGUGCUGGUCGACAAUGGCCAGAAUCACAACUGCAUUUUUUUGUUGUUAAUUUAUUAUGUUUAUUUAUUUAAUUUAAGUUCAUGAUUUUAUGUUACAUCAAUGCUUCUGAUGUCUUUUAAUAUUUAGAGAGCCCAGCAUCAGGCUCUUUAUUUUUCCAAGUUUUUCUUUUUUUGUUUGUACUGCACCUUGUUGGGGAUUGUUCAUUGGUCAUCCACAGAGUAAGAAUAUGAGCUUCACAUAGAAUAUGGUUCUAUCUGAGGCUCUGAAUAUUUAUGAGCACAUUGACACAAUAGUUGGAGAGUGAGGAAAUCAUCUGAAUAUAGUUAUUUUAAAGGUGGAGACUCGGAAAAGACCUGUCUGUACUUUGUAUCGUAAAAGAUUUAUGCUAAACUGGAUCAAUUAUUGAGUCACUUCCUUUGAUUAUGCACGUUAUCAAUUUAUUUAUUUAUUUAUGUAUUUUAUGAGUUUUAGGGGAGAAAAACAAAUCUCAAAGAUAUUUAGAUUAUAUAUAUAUAUUAUAUAUAUAUAUCAGCAUGCCAGUUAAGACGUUUUAUGGAUUUAUGCACCGUCAGACUUUUACUUCCAUUAUGGAAAGGGAGACAUUUUGCACUGAAAUAUUACGUGACUGUUUUACUUUCUUCAAUAAUCAAAUCAAAUUUUAUUUCAUUUAAUAUAUAAAUGAUAUGUUCUCUGACCUGUAGCAGCAACAUCCCAAAAGUUUCCCCUCGGACUCGUGGGUCCUGACAGUUGAUGUCGAUGUGGACGGGACCCAAAGAGCUGCAUGAUUCAUCAUUGUCCUGAUGUGAAAGGUGUUUUAACAUAGAUAUUAUUAUUAUCACUGAUGGAUAUUUAUUUUAUCUAUUGUUAUUUUUAAUGAUAAUUAAGUGACAGGAGCAUCAUUUAUCAAGUAAAUGUAAAUGUGAAAGUUGUUUCAGAAUGAAAUGAGUCAAUACUUUUUUGUAAAAAAGAAAAGAAAAAAACAACGAAUGGAGCUCGUCACUCUUUGUUUGUACAGUGAUUCUUCCAGAAAAUUAAUUGUGGGAACAUUUUUCCAUGUUUUUGAUUUCUUCCUCUGGACUUAAAACAACUACAGCUGAGGCUGCGUUCAACAACCUUUUGUCAGGGAACCUUUUUUCUCUCUUUAAAGUCAAGCCACGGUUGAUGGAGUUGAACAAACUUGGCCUCGGUCUGGACCUCACCUCAAAGGUACAGUAGCUCACACCGCACAUUUCACGGCAGUACACAGACUCGGCUGCUCACUCUUCAUGAUUCACCGACGGAUCUGCUCAAACAAACGCUCGUGGUCGAGGUUCUGAGGCAAAGUUCCCCCCGGUUGAACGCAGCCCCAGCUCUGGUGAUGAAACUGAGCAUGCUUUAUCGUCCUGGAUUUUCUCUGCACCAAUUUGUUCCAGUUGUUCCUUGGUUCUGCUGAAUGCUGAUUUAAGACCUGAAUGAAAGACUAUUAAAAUGAUUUGAUCUAAAAAAAUAAAAAAAUAAAAUGUAGGUG